AUGUUCUUCUUGCCUGCAUCUGAAAGUCGAAGGGAACAAAGCAAAAUUGUAUUUACAAAGGUGGCCGAGUCUCUUGGGCAUACUGUACUUGGGUGGCGCAUGGUCCCCACAGAUAACUCAGGAUUGGGCAAAUCUGCUUUGCAGAUAGAACCUGUUAUUGAGCAAGUGUUUUUUACACCUACGCCUCGGUCAAAAGCUGAUUUUGAGCAACAGAUGUAUAUAUUAAGGGGGGUUUCAAUGGUGGUAGCUAUUCGAGCUGCACUAAACCUCCAACAUGGUGGUGUGAGGGACUUCUACAUAUGUUCUCUUUCCUCGAGGACUGUUGUCUACAAGGGUCAGCUGAAGCCCAAUCAGUUGAAGGAGUACUACUAUGCAGAUCUUGGCACUGAAAGCAUGGGAUGA